GCAGAGAGGAGUCCAGCAGCGAACUCUCACCGCUGAGUUUAACAACCACAGCUCAGCUCCGGACUUUACCUCCAGUUCCUUCAGCAAGAACAGAGACGCUCUCUCACUCUUUCUUUCUUUCCGAGGGAGAGAACGACUUUUUACUCGUUUUCCUCUCCUCCUUCAACCACGAAAGGGAAUGCCAUCGAUAAAUAUGAAACUGGAGAUGGUGACCAUCAUCGCCUGCGACGUGGACAUCGAGGUGUUUACAUCGGACAAAAUGCAGGAGAGGUUCGAGGCGUUGUUUAGGAUCUACGACGAACAGACGACAUUCCAGAUGUUCAAAAGCUUCCGGAGAGUCCGGAUCAACUUCGGCACCCCGGAGGUCGCCGCCCGCGCUCGCAUUGAGCUGCACGAGACAGAAUUCAACGGCCAGAAGCUGAAACUCUACUUUGCCCAAGUCCAGAACGGCGACGAGAACAUUGACAAGUCGUACCUGGCCCCCCCCCAGCCCGUCAAACAAUUCCUGAUCUCACCGCCUGCCUCGCCACCCGUGGGCUGGAGCCAGAGCGAGGACGCCACGCCCGGCAUCAACUACGACCUGCUGUGUGCUGUGGCCAAGCUAGGACCCGGUGAUAAGUAUGAGCUUCACGCGGGGACCGAGUCCACCCCCAGCGUGGUCGUCCACGUGUGCGAGAGCGAGACAGAGGAGGACGAGGCGGCGCGGCCAAAGCAGCAGAUCGUCCAGACCAGACGUCCGGACGGGCCGCCCAAGGUCUUCAACUAGAGAGGCCCCCCCCCCCCCAUGACACCGGCGCGGCCCCCCUGACCGCACCCUUGAAUUCCGCGACACACCUGCCCUCUCUCUCUUGUCUCUGCACUCACAGAGAGCGUCGAUUGCCCCUCAUUUCAGUUCAACUACAAGCAAAAACACAACCAACAAACAUUGCUCAACAACGGUGUUUGUGGGGAGCGUGGCGAUGGAAUGAGGCGGCCUGAAGGGGAUGGAUGAGAACCACACACACACUCAUCACAUUCUGCGGACAGCGUGGGGAGUGGCGGGCACGCUUUGCCUCCACCCCACACAACCCUCCUCGUUUUCAGCAUGAGGGGUCGGAAUACCUGUCCCACUGUAGGCACCUGUCACUUAUCACACCCACUCAGCUCUCAUUGCUAGUCCUGCUCAGUAGCUUGCUGGUUAGUCAGCUGGCGAGCCGUACCUCUCCCUUAGUUUCACGGCCAUUUUAUUCGCUAACAAAGUUACUUUUCGAUUUUUUUCCUCCUAUUGUUUAAAAAAAUUAAUUGUGUCUUAUAUAUAUAUGUGUUUGAUAUAUAUAUAAAAUGCAUAUAUUCGGGUUUGUUAUUUUUCUUUUUUAUCCAUUUUCAUAUCUGGUUUGUCUCUUCAGCUUACGUCUAGAUUGAGUGUGUGAUGUUCCCACUCGUCUGCAUGUAUAUAAUAUAUAAGAAAAAAAUACGUACAGAAACUCAAGUACUACCAGAUAUAUCGAGAAAAAGGAACCUAUUUAACAUCACACAGCACGAAGCGCCAUCUGUGACUAACAAAGCUGUGGUGGUUGUUUGACUUUUUUUCUCUUGUCGCUCGUUUUUUCGCUUUUUGUCUUUUUUAUUUUAUUUGGAGAGGUGUUGUUCUUUGCUAAACUACUUGAUGUGUAUUCUUACUAUGUAUUUUAUACCCCAACACUUUUUGCAUGCUUACUAAUUUCCGUAGAUGAGGAGCUGAGGUGUUUUUUGUUUUUUUUUAUCGCCGUUUGUGAUGACAGGGAAAUAAAUGGUGUGACGCUUCUGACGCAAGUGCAAAUCCCCACACAGAGUUUCCAAAGUGACGUCUAUGGGGUGAAAAAAGCUUGGUGUGUUUUUGUAAGAUUGACGGUUCAGUCUUUGGCAUGGAGGCAAAUUUGCAUUUGUCGCUUUUUGGGGGGUUUGAUGGAUCAAAGACAGUUACCCCCCCCCCCCCCCCUCGUUUCCUUCAAGGGUUUUAGGGAGGUUGUUUGUUUGUUUUUCUCUCUGAUUCCGUUUGUGGAAUUUCAUAUCUUCAAUGUUUUGGUUAUGUCGUUCGAUCAGACCCGCUCUCUAUGUGUCAGGUUUUCUCUUCUGGAACCUACUGCUUUUUUUGCACUGAGUAUCUCUCGAUAUCUCCAAAGCAAUCGCGGGGCUCUCACGCGUCUACUGCUGCGGGCCUGAUUACUACUGCGCUGCUUCUCUCUGUAAAUAGCUGAGCGUGGUGUAGAGUUGUGGAAGUAGUCCUUUUUAGAUUUUGUAGUUUUACCUGGAAGCAUUUUGCUGAGAAAAGGGAAUAUUGGGGUAGCCUCAUGAGAUAUCAACCAAAGCAUUCACUCCCCUCUCAUUGUCACCAGAAACAUACGGUGAUUCUUUUUCUUAAAGACACCCUAAUGUAUAUUUGUUAAUCUGAGAGAAAUCACAUUUUUUCCCCAACACAUCUGCAAUGACUUUAUUGCAUUGUUAUUUUAUAUUUAAAAAAAACUCCUUGUCAUCUUUUUAUGUUUUUUGACACAAACUCCAACUAAUUCCCCUAAAAAAAAAAUCAUAACUUUCUUACUUCCUUUCCUUCUUUUAUCUCCCGUCAGUCCUUUAUCAGAUUAGCGUGCUUCAACUUCUCUUUUGAUGAAAGCGUUCUGUGCUUUGGAAGCAGCAGGAACAGAUGUUUCUAACAGGGAUCUUUGGGUGUCAGCAGUGAGUCUAAACCUUGUUUGUCAUUAGGGCAGCAUGAAAUCAAACUUUUUUGCUGUUUUAUUUAGCAAAGGUCCAUCUGCAUGUGAGCACUUUAUCGUCAGUGUUUCGUUUCCUCGACACAUGACUUGUCUUUCUUGAGACAAGGUGGGAAGCACAUUGAAUUUCUUGUUUCUUUUGUGUUGUUUCUUUUUAUCUCAAGCUGAACACCUGGUUAGCCUUUUCACCAGCAUAUUGCAGUGAGUGAUACACUCCACUUCCUUUUUGCUCGCGUGAACCUUGGAGAAUUUCAGGCCUUUUUGGAUAUAUAUAUAAAUAUAUAUAUAUGAAAGUGUGCUACUGGAAAGCGUGCAGAGACGCACCACAGUAGGAGGCUGAAAAACGAGGCAGGAUGACACUGCAGAACAAAAUCAAUGUCUUUGUUUUUUGUGUUUGUCCACAAGAAAAACAUAAUCUUAUCUUCUGAGAGAGUUAAACAGUUCUUUGAGAUUUGUCGUGUGGGCAGAGUGCAGUUUUAUUGGCACUACAGUAAAGCUGUCGUGGUUAUUGAAGCAGACGGCAGAUCGGUGGAGCUGCUGAGGUGGAUUAUGAGGAAGAGGAAGCAGUGGGACACCUGUGGAGGUUUUUUUACUCUGGUCAUGGUGUUUCAAACUGGGUGCAUUUUGGUCACAGAGGAAAUGAAAAUGUAUAUUUGUGUACAUAUGCCAAGUUUUUUUUGUUGCUGCGGCCAGUCCCAGUGUGCGGUUUGUUACGGCUUCUCUUUGCAAUGUUGUAACGGGAAAAAAAUAUGACAUAAAAAAAGUGUAACAAUAAGUCCUGCUCGAUCAAAAGCAACUGUCAUUGUGUUGUGUUCAACAGUUCGACAUGGACUCAGUUUGAAGGUUUCUUUUACUUUUGGGGAACGUCUACUAAAAAGGUCAAUAAUACACUUCGUCACUGUUGUACUGUUUCUGUUGAAAUAUGAAUAUUGUAUCUUGUAUUGUAGAAUUCCAGAAAACAAAGUAGCAAAACAAGCAAUAAUUUACAGUUCUAUAAUACCGGUAUCUGUAUUUUCAUGGUCUGUACUUACUUCUCAGAGAUGGUCUCUGUCUCUUACAGUAUCUGCUUCUAUUUGUGUAGUAUAAUAGUCCUUUGUUUCACAUACAAUAUACAUAAAGACUUAUUCUUAAAA